AUGCAAGCCAUAGCACGACGGACUCUAUGGUCUGCCUGUAGAUUCCCCGCUAGGAAAGUCGCAGGCCGUCGGUAUCCUUCCCGAGCGCGCUCCUUCCACAACUCUUCCAAGCUCUCACGGCCUUCGGACGGCCCGAACAGUCCUUCUAACUCACCUGGUUCCGCACUCGAUCACGAUGCGCGCAACGAACGAGGAACUUCUGCGCCGAAGUCGCAAGAAGCCGAUACUAAGCCAGGAGUCGCAGAGGAUGAUAGCACGGCGGCAGUUGCGGACAAGCUUCAGAAGGCAAAGGAUGGCCCGAACUUCUAUGGAUCGGCCUUGAACAGGUCGAUGCGGAAUAGAAAGCCGAAGCAGGUUGACCCGAUACGAAUACCGGAUUGGUUCCUCCACCGCCAUAUCCGCUUACAGGAAGAACUUCAAGAAGCGCAUUCUAAAGACUCCUCGUACGACCCGUUCACCUAUGUAAUCAGAAGCAAGGCGACCAGGGAGCCUUUCGUGAGCUUGCCGCUCGGCACAAGUGGGCUCAAGCACCUCAUCUCUAGUUAUACCCAGGAAGCUUCCAACUCCGGGGGAGCCUCUAUCGCUGGUAGCGCAACCAACGUGAGCGGCCCUGAGCGGGAGUUACUUGAAAAGCUUAUAUCGUCAAUCAACAAGAGACUUGGUAUACUUGAAAAGGAGAUAGGAGGAAGGGAUGCUCGUUCGAAAGAGUUCAUGACCGAGGGAGGAGACCCCGAAGGGAAGGCUGAAAAAGACACGAACAGACGAACUCCUCCUGAAACCUCCGACCUGCCCAUGUAUGUCCUCGCUGAGUUUCAGGCCGCGAUUGCAGCAGGUUUUGCGACAGCUCGGCCGGAGCUGGGUCGUAUUUUGGCAGCUGGGAAGACCAACGUCUCCUUGUUCUGUCCUUCCAAUGGGGGCAUAAAAGCUUUAGAUGCAAUUGUUCAACGGACUGCUUCUACCCUUGGGGCUGAUGUUUUGCAACUGAAUGCGCAGAUUCUCACACGCCUGAUCGAAGACUGCUAUCCUGCCGGAUCAGAUCCAGCAAUACGGUCCUUUCGGAACCUGAGCUAUGAGACAUACCAGGCAAGGUCUGAAGCGCAAGAGUUAGAACAGGGAGUCGAGGAAGCUGAGGAGGACGAGCAGGACGACGAAGCAGAAGACGUUUCUACGGCCAGCUUUCCAGCGCGAGAGACUCCACGGGGCAAAUCCCGCAACGCCCGCGCCCAGGCCUUUGCAGGGCGGAGCUUAACAGACCUGUUCUCCAAUAUGAAGAACAUGAUGCCUCUAAUCAAAGUGGUCAGCCUCGAGCCAGAAGGAACAGAUUCGCUGGGCCAAGGCCAAUAUCCUGAACAGCGGUAUCAGUCGCAGUCCGCAAACGCUUUACAGCCAGGAGAAAUAGAGCUUUUGACUUUGCUUGAGGCGCUUCUCGACACGGACGCAGCGAAGCGAAGCUCCGCGUUAGAGCAGCGAGUCACCGAGAAUAGCUCUGCUCCUGCGGGUGAAGGUGCGCAUAAUGCAUCCAACACAACAGCGUCCCCUUCUUUCGGAGAGCCUGAGCCUGCUCCGAAAGUAGUGCCACAACCAGUCAGCUCGGAAGCCUUGUCAGACGAGAUAGAUUUCCCGAGCCUCAAUGACGGUGAUUCGGGUGUCAUUCACAGUAUCCGCUUCAACCCAACCGCAGUUGGAGCGCGGCAAGUGCACUCUGCUCCAUCACAGCGGAGGCUCAUCGUCCACAUUCAAGACUUUAAGGAGCUCAACGCGACUAGACACGGCUCCCAGGUAGUGCAGAGACUACUCCAAGUCGUCCGAGAAAGACGUCGAGGCGGACAGCAGGUGAUGGUUGUGGGUACAACGUCUGCAGAACAUCUAUUACCUGAUUCUUCUGCAGCGACAGCUCUCAAGGGGCUGCAGUCGGACUUUUCGGAACGUUUGUUUAGGACCAUUGUGGUGCCUCUAGGCGCUGAUCGCGCUUCACCCGAUGAGCCCAAGGCUUCCAAAAAUCCCACACUGGACUCCGAGGAGUCUCUGGAUCCGUGGGAGCGGGCGGAGCAAGAACGGACUCAGGAAAUCAAUAUUGGCAACAUACAAGACAUGAUUAGACGACUUUGUCCGGCUGGCUCCCCAUUGACCGAUUCUGCCCAGCCUUUACGCAUACCAGCAUACCUCGAUGCGAGUCAAUCUCCGCUGAAGAAGCGGAUCCUCUCGUUUGACGAAGUACAUCGCAUCGUGAUAACAGCCCUCGGGCUAAGAAUCGUGCACACCGACAGCAGCGAGCUCGAGCCGAUCCAUCUCGCUUUGGCCAUGACAGUGUUAUCCAGAAGCGACGCCAUCAAAUCCGCCUGGCUCACGACCAAAAUGUCCCUCGAUGACGACCCCAAAGGUGCCGUCUACAAAGACCCCACCACCCCAAAACAAUCCAAAUCCUCCAAAGCAGCCGCCGACCGCCUCGACGCGAUCCGGCGCAGCGCCACCAAAUACGAAAAGCGGCUCCUCAGCGGCGUCAUCAACCCGUCCUCGAUCUCCACCACCUUCUCCACCGUCCACGCGCCCGCAACCACAAUCGAAGCUCUCAAAUCCCUAACCUCACUCUCUCUCAUCCGCCCGGACGCCUUCAAAUACGGCGUCCUCGCCACUGACAAGAUCCCCGGCCUGCUCCUCUACGGCCCCCCCGGCACAGGCAAGACGCUGCUCGCCAAAGCCGUCGCGAAGGAGAGCGGCGCAACCGUGCUCGAGGUCGCGGGCGCAGAGGUGUACGACAUGUACGUCGGCGAAGGCGAGAAGAACGUCCGCGCCAUUUUUUCCCUAGCGCGGAAACUCAGCCCAUGCGUCGUGUUCAUCGACGAGGCGGAUGCGAUUUUCGGCUCACGGGGCGGGCCGGGGAAUCGGACGUCGCAUCGGGAGAUCAUUAAUCAGUUCCUGAAGGAGUGGGAUGGCAUGAAUGAUCUUAGUGUGUUCAUUAUGGUGGCGACGAAUCGGCCGUUUGAUCUGGAUGAUGCGGUACUGAGGCGCUUGCCGAGGAGGCUAUUGGUGGAUUUGCCGGUUGAGAAGGAUAGGGAGGCGAUUUUAAAGAUCCAUCUUAAGGAUGAGGUCGUGGAUGGGGAUGUGGAUGUUGGGGAGCUAGCGAGGCAGACGCCGUUGUAUUCGGGGAGCGACUUGAAGAAUUUGGCUGUUGCGGCCGCGUUGGCUUGUGUGAGGGAGGAGAUGGAGACGGUUGCUGGGGCGUCCUUGGAAGCUGAAGAGAUUGAUGGAAAGAAGUAUCCGGAGAAACGGACGCUGAUGAAGAGGCAUUUCGACAAGGCGUUGCAGGAGAUUAGCGCGAGUAUCAGUGAGGAUAUGGGCAGCUUGAGUGCGAUCAGGAAGUUUGACGAGCAGUUUGGGGAUCGGAAAGGGAGGAGGAAGAAGGGUGGAUGGGGUUUCGGAACGGGAAUGGAGGAUAGAAGAGAAGAAGCGGCGAGGGUUAGGGUGUAG